AUGGAUUUGCGUAAAUGGGUUUGGAGUGUGUGUGUAGUGUUUGGCUCAGUGCUCUUUGUCAGUGAACACGUGUGUUGCUCAGGUGUGGUGUGUGAAGGGUCCUGGGAAGUUCCUCGCUUUGACGGCUGGUACAACAGUUUGGGACAUCCCAGACGCGGAGUGGCCGGGUCUCGUCUCGUGCGCCUCGUGCCCGCGCAGUACUGGGACGGGGUGCUGCAGCCCGUCCACGAGCCUCUUCUCCCGAACCCGCGCGCGCUGAGCCGCGUGCUGACCGCCGGGACCCCCGGGCUGCCCUCCACCCGCAACCGGACCGUGCUCGCGCUCUUCUUCGGUUACCAUGUUGCUUUUGAAAUUUUUAACUCAAGAGCUCCUGGCUGCCCCCCUGAGUUCAUGAACAUCGCGGUCCCUAGAGGUGACCCAGUCUUUGACCCCUCUGCAACUGGAAAAGCCCUGCUGCCCUUCCAGAGAGGACCGUGGGACAAAGAAUCUGGACAGAGUCCCAGUAAUCCUCGCACGCCGGUUAACCUUGUGACUUCGUGGAUCGACGGCAGCUCCAUCUAUGGUCCUUCCACUUCCUGGUCUGACUCCCUGAGGAGUUUUUCUGGAGGACUCUUGGCUUCAGGCUCUGAGUGGAACAUGCCAAGGAAGGGAGGAGAACGCAGUCGCAUGUGGAGCGCUCCAGAUCCCUCUACCGGAGAACACAGACCUGAAGGCCUUUAUGAGUUGGGAAACGCCUGGGCCAAUGAGAACGUCUUCACGGCAGCAGAGGGGAUUAUCUGGUUUCGCUACCACAAUUAUGUAGCCUCCAAGCUGCACAGAGAAAACCCGGCGUGGUCGGACGAGAGGCUGUUUCAAAACGCCAGGAAGAUCGUCGUGGCCACGUUCCAGAAUAUUGCUCUUUAUGAAUGGCUGCCUGCAUACCUCAACGACAAAAAGCUUCCUCCUUACCCAGGUUACCAGAAAUUUGUUGAUCCAGGCAUCUCUCCCGAGUUUGAGGCAGCUGCUAUCAGAUUUGGUAUCACUAUGGCGCCCUCUGGUGUGUAUAUGAGAAACAGAACCUGCCAUUUUCGGAGGAUUAUUAAUGUUGAUGGAAGCACAUCACCAGCGAUGCGCCUUUGCAACAACUUUUGGAAGCGAAAGGAAUCCAAUUUGCAGACGGGUGAGGAUGUGGAUGACCUCCUCUUGGGCAUGGCCUCCCAGAUUGCAGAGAGAGAAGACAAUGUAGUAGUGGAGGACCUUAGAGACUAUAUGUACGGACCCCUGAGGUUCACCCGGACAGAUCUGGUGGCGCUGACCGUCCAGCGAGGACGAGACUUCGGUCUGCGAAGUUAUGCUGAGAUCAGAAAAGCUCUGGAUCUGCCUCCUGUGGCAACGUUUGAAGAUCUGAGUCCUGAGCUCAACAGCAGCGACCCGCAGUUGCUCCGUGAUGUUGCGGAGCUGUAUGGCGGCGAUAUCUCCAAGCUGGAGCUCUUUCCUGGAGGAUUGCUGGAAUCCAGUGGCGGUCCGGGUCCAGUUUUCUCAGCUAUAAUCUUAGACCAGUUUGAGCGUAUCAGGAACGGAGACCGCUUCUGGUUUGAGAACAAGCAGAAUGGUUUGUUUACUGAGGAGGAGAUCCGGUGGGUUCGCAGCACGACGUAUCACCGCGUCCUGAUGGCAGUCACGAAUGCAGAGGCCAGCGACGUACAGGAUGAUGUCUUCUUCUGGAGGGACGGUGACCCCUGUCCUCAGCCCGCACAGCUGAAUGCGUCAAUGCUCCAUCCCUGCACUAAUGCUACAAAACGUAAUUACUUUGAUGGGAGCCACGCCGGCUUUGGGAUAUUUAUCAUUGUUCUGCUGCUCUUUCCCGUCGUGAGUUUUCUCGUGGCCUGCAUGGUGGCGUAUCUCCGGAAGUACAGGUACAGGAAAUUCCAGAGAAGAAGAAAAGCCGGCGACAGAACAGAGGAGCCGGCUGUGGGAAUCUCUGCGUACGAGUGGCAGGGCCCCAGAAGCCAGCUGCACCCUGUGAGCGUGUGGGUCAGUGAGAAGGGGAGGCUGCAGGUCUCCGACGGCGCCGGCUCCGCUCACCGCUGCCUCUGCCUGGGAAGCCAGCGCUACCUGGACGUCCUCCUGUCCAGCGACCGCCACCGCAGAGCUCUGCUGCUCAAAGUCUCUAAAGAGUAUGACCUGGUGCUGUUUUUCGAUGACGAGAGCAAACGCACGGAGUUCAUCAAGCAUCUGUGCCAGGAGGUGACAGACAUCAGGCAGGAGAUUAGAGUGAAGGAGAUGAGAGAGAAGGAACUGCUGAAGGAGGCUUUAACCCGGGAGCAGAGGGCUCAGAUUGUGGAAACUUUCAUCCGACACGCUUUCUCCCAGGUGUUGGAGAUAGAGAAGUGUGACGCCGGUGACAUGAGUGGCGUUUCCCGCAAGAAAGCCAGAGAGGUCCUGCAGUGCGAGCUGACGGCGUCAGAGUUCGCUGACGCACUCGGUCUCAAACCCGACUCCCUGUUCGUGGACUCCAUGUUCACACUGGCCGAUAAAGACGGGAACGGCUACCUGUCCUUUCAGGAGUUCCUCGAUGUGAUCGUUAUCUUUAUGAAAGGUUCCCCGGAGGAAAAAUCCAAGCUCAUGUUCUCCAUGAACGACAUCGGAGGAACGGGCUUCUUAUCUAAAGAGGAAUUUGCCCGGAUGCUCAGGUCCUUCAUUGAAAUCUCCAAUGGCGCUCUGUCAAAGCGCCAGGCAGAGGACGGGAUCAAGGCCAUGAUUCAAGCUGCGGGCUUUGAUAACAAGGAGAGGAUCUCGUGGGAAGACUUCCAUUUCCUCUUGCGGGACCACGAGAAGGAGCUCCAGUUCGCUCAGCUCAAUGUCAAAGGGAUGGAGAAACAAGGCAGGAAGCGGCUGAGCCGGGACCAGAGGGUGUCGUUUAUAAUUCCUGCAAACAGCAAGAUAGAGGGACCAGAGCUGCGCAGACGAAAAAAGAUGAACGUCAAUACUCCGAACGUGUACGUGAAGCCCAAGCGUGAGAAGUACAUCAAGAACCCUGUGCGGCAGAAAAUCCAGCAGUUCAAACGUUUCAUUGAGAAUUAUCGGCGUCACAUCGUGUGUUUCACCGUCGUCUACGGCAUCGCGGCUGGAGUGACGCUCGACCGAUGUUACUACUUCGGUCUUCAGGCCGAAGCCACAGGCGUUCCCGAGACGUCGGCGGUGGGCAUCAUCGUGUCCCGGGGCUCGGCAGCCACCAUCUCCUUCCUGUUUCCCUACAUGCUCCUCACCGUGUGCCGCAACCUCAUCACGCUGUGUCGGGAGACCUUCCUCAACCGAUACAUCCCCUUCGACGCUGCCAUCGACUUCCACCGCUUCAUGGCCAUGACGGCACUCCUCUUCUCCGUUAUUCAUACUUUGGGACACGUGGUCAACAUCUACAUCUUCUCCAUCAGUGAUCUCAGCAUUCUGUCCUGCCUGUUUCCCAAAGUCUUUUCCAACAACGGAUCUGAACUUCCUCUCAAGUGGUCCUGGUGGUUCUUUCAGACUGUUCCCGGAAUCACCGGCGUCUUGCUUCUUUUCGCUUUAGCGUUCAUUUACAUUUUUGCCUCACGCUAUUUCCGUCACAUCAGCUUCCAGGGCUUCUGGGUCACUCAUUACCUCUACGUUGUGGUGUACAUUCUGACAGUAAUUCAUGGCACUUACGCUCUGUUUCAAGAGCCUCGUUUCCACAUCUACCUCAUCCCCCCUGCGCUCCUCUUUCUCCUGGACAAGCUCAUCAGUCUCAGCAGGAAGAAGGUGGAGAUCCCCGUGGUCCGAGCCGAGCUGCUGCCUUCAGGCGUGACGCAUCUGGAGUUCAAGCGGCCGCAGGGCUUCGUGUACCGUUCAGGCCAGUGGGUCCGCAUAGCGUGUCUGAAGCUCGGCACAGAUGAGUACCACCCAUUCACUCUGACGUCGGCGCCUCACGAAGAGACCCUGAGUCUGCACAUCCGCGCCGUGGGGCCCUGGACCAGCCAGCUCCGAGAGCUCUACACCGAGGAGCGCGUCAUCGAGCAGGGCUUCUACCCAAAGCUGUAUCUGGACGGCCCGUUUGGUGAGGGCCAUCAGGAGUGGAUUGACUUUGAGGUGUCGGUGUUGGUGGGAGGAGGAAUUGGAGUCACCCCUUUCGCUUCCAUCCUGAAAGACCUGGUGUUCAAGUCCUCCAUCAAGUCCAAGAUCCUGUGUAAGAAGGUGUAUUUCAUCUGGGUGACGCGGACGCAGCGCCAGUUUGAGUGGAUGUCAGACAUCAUCAGAGAGGUGGAGGAAGUGGACACACAGGAGCUGGUGUCCGUCCACACCUACAUCACCCAGGUGGCCGAGAAGUUCGACCUACGCACCACCAUGCUGUACGUGUGUGAGCGCCACUUCCAAAAGGUGUGGAACCGCAGUCUGUUCACCGGCUUGCGCUCCGUCACUCACUUUGGCCGCCCGCCUUUCGUGUCCUUCUUCAGUUCACUGCAGGAAGUUCAUCCUGAGGUGGGUAAGGUGGGCGUGUUCAGCUGCGGCCCCCCGGGACUCACCAAGAACGUGGAGAAAGCCUGUCAGCAGAUGAAUAAGAAGGAUCAGGCCCACUUCAUACAUCACUACGAGAACUUCUGA